AGAGGAAAACGAUACGGCUGGCUGUUUAUUUCUCUCCAACGCUUCACAUUCUGCCGUAGGAAAGAAACACUCCUUUCUGCUUUUUUUUUUAAAAAAAUCUCAUGCAAAAGUGAAGCAUAGCGAAAAGCCACUGCGAAAAGAUUUUAUUGAAGUUCUCUGUUUAAUUUUAAUCAUCAUGGAUGGUAUUGGUAAUGUAAAGCAAGAGAUUCUUGAACCUUCACCUAAUCGACAAAACGCCACCGUUUCGGGCGUUCCAGACGCCGUCAUCGAACUCAGUAGCAGCAGUGAAAGCAGUAGCGGUAGUGACAGUGAGUCGGAAACCGAGUUAGAUGGAAACAGCGUUGUCUCUAAGAGACAGUGGGACUCUAAUGGUGGUGAUGGAGGUUCUGAGAUGAAGAAGAAGAAGAAGAAGAGGAGAAGGAAUUUGGAUGAUUUAGGUGUUGUGUUGCCGUUGGGGUUUCUCGCUCCACUUCCGCAACCGCCGUCUUCAGAGCCGCCCACUGAAGCGGAGAUGGCUGUGGUGGAGUCGACGGAGAGUACGAUGAUGAAUUUGAUUGGUCAAAGCAGCAAGCAAUUCUGGAAAGCGGGUGAUUAUGAGGGUGCUCCUCAUGCUAAUUGGGAUUUAUCUUCUGGUGGAAUGGAUCGUGUUAGGGUUCAUCCAAAAUUUUUGCAUUCUAAUGCAACUAGUCAUAAAUGGGCACUUGGAGCAUUUGCGGAACUUAUGGACAAUGCAUUGGAUGAGUUUGGCAAUGGAGCUACGUUUGUUAACAUAGAUAUGGUUGAAAGUAAGAAGGAUCGCAGCAGAAUGCUUUUGAUUGAAGAUAAUGGCGGUGGAAUGGAUCCAGAUAAAAUGCGACAAUGCAUGUCCUUGGGUUAUUCUGCAAAAAGCAAAGUGGCGAACACCAUUGGACAAUAUGGCAAUGGAUUUAAGACAAGUACCAUGAGGCUUGGAGCAGAUGUCAUUGUGUUUUCACGUUGUCCAGGAAAAGAUGGAAAAAGUCCUACACAGAGCAUUGGAUUGCUAUCAUACACUUUUUUGAGGAGCACGGGGAAAGAAGAUAUUGUGGUGCCCAUGCUUGACUUUCAAAGAAAGGGGCGGGAAUGGAGCAGGAUGAUACGUUACUCUGCUAGUGAUUGGAAUAGAAAUGUAGAGACGAUAGUUUGUUGGUCUCCAUUUUCCAGCGAGGCAGACCUUCUUCGUCAGUUUAAUCUUAUGUCAGAUCAUGGGACGCGCAUAAUUAUAUACAAUCUUUGGGAGGAUGACCAGGGAUUGUUGGAACUUGAUUUUGACAGUGAUCCUCAUGAUAUCCAACUAAGAGGUGUCAAUCGAGAUGAGAAGCAUAUAAAAAUGGCGAAAGAGUUUCCCAAUUCCAGACAUUUCCUCACUUAUAGGCACUCAUUAAGGAAUUAUGCCUCAAUUCUCUAUCUCAGACUGCCUUCCAGCUUUCGAAUCAUUCUACGUGGGAAAGAUGUUGAGCACCACAAUAUAGUGAAUGAUAUGAUGCUAUCGCAGGAGGUAACAUAUCGGCCACAGCCUGGCGCAGAUGGUGUCCCAAAAGACACAAAUAUGACUGCUGUUGUCACUAUUGGCUUUGUGAAGGAUGCAAAGCAUCAUAUUGAUGUUCAAGGAUUCAACGUUUAUCACAAAAAUCGACUAAUUAAGCCAUUUUGGAGGCUUUGGAAUGCCGCAGGAAGUGAUGGACGUGGAGUAAUAGGUGUGUUGGAAGCUAAUUUUGUUGAGCCAGCUCAUGAUAAGCAAGGAUUUGAACGCACAACAGUUCUUGCAAGACUAGAAGCUCGAUUAGUACAAAUGCAAAAACAAUACUGGAGCACUUACUGUCACAAAAUUGGUUAUGCUCCAAGGCGAAAUAAGAAACUCAUAAAUGAGUUCUCAGAUAUAGAAACUUCUCCUGGCUAUCAACCACCCACAUCUUCUCAUUCUAAAAAGAAGUAUACUUCCUUGGGCAGUAAGAUAUCCCCUUCACAUUCAGACCAUGGGUAUGGCAAUGGGCAUGCCUCCAACAAAGUGAAUGUUAGAAUAAAUACCCCAACCAAAUUUGGAAAAAGCACCAUAUCGCCUGGACCAUCACCUCCUGCUCAGGAUGUUAGCAGUGAAGAUGAUGACUGUGUUGCUAUUCCUGUAAGAAAAGCAAAUGGGAGCACUCAAAGGACCACUCCUACCAACAAGUCUUUUGAGAAAGAUGGGUUGCAUACAACUCAGUCGUCUUCAUGCAUGGAAGAUUCUGGAUCUCAGCAUGAUUGCAUGUCUGGAGGGGGGACUGUUCAUACUGUCACAAGAUCCCAAACAAAGGUGGGUGAUGUUGAUAAGAUGGAUUGUGCCUUUUCAGAAUCCGAUGUGCUUGCCCUUGUUCAUUUGAAACAAGAGAAUCGUGAACUAAAAGAAAGAUUAGAGAAAUUGGAAGGAGAGACUCGAGGGGAGUACAGGAAUGGUUCUCAGUGUGAGAAGUGUAAAUCUCUUGAGAUACAGUUGCAGGAAGCGCAGCGAAAGCUUGAAGAAUUGAACAAGGAACAGGAAAGUCUGAUUGAUAUAUUCUCAGAGGAGAGGGUCAGGCGAGACCAGGAGGAGGAGAAUUUGAGAAAGAAGCUUAAGGAUGCAUCAAAUACCAUUCAAGAGUUGCUUGACAAGGUCAGGCUGUUGGAGAAGAUGAAAUCUCCUUAUCUCAAAGGACGUUGAGAGCUCUGUAUAUCAAUCUCUUCCACCAGCUAUAUCUUGUGCAGACUGAUCUUCCUCUAUUCAGUGUCUGGUCUUCAUCGUGGCCUUAAGCAGAGACAUAUUUGGGCUUUCAAACUCUGCUAACCACUGACCAUUCCUUUCUCCUGCACCUGGCCCUGGUAUCCUUCUCUCUCUUUGCAGCAAUUGCUUGCAAAGCUGUAUUUUUGGUGUUGGCUACCAAAUUUUGUUCAGGCUCAUGUCCUCCGAUUUGAUGAAAUCGGGGAGGAGAAGAGCUUCAUUUAUGGUUGUGAGAGGUCCCAUAUCUUAGCUGUAGUCAGUGCUGCAUUGAUUGAGUUUUGUAAAUAAUGUAUACAAGUCUUCAUGCAUCCCCUGUUAAUUGAGUUUGGACAAUCACAAUGGUAGACCAGUCACUUGCCAUAUUAA